UUGGCGACUGUGUCGCUGGCGUUUUCUUUGGUGGGUUCCAGGGCUGGUGGGAGCAGUCGCCCGAGGAAAGCACCAUGAUUUCGGCCGCGCAGUUGUUGGAUGAGUUAAUGGGCCGGGACCGAAACCUCGCCCCGGAUGAGAAGCGCAGCAACGUGCGGUGGGACCACGAGAGCGUUUGUAAAUAUUAUCUCUGUGGUUUUUGUCCUGCGGAAUUGUUCACAAACACUCGUUCUGAUCUUGGGCCUUGUGAAAAAAUUCAUGAUGAAAAUCUGCGAAAACAGUAUGAGAAGAGUUCUCGUUUUAUGAAAGUUGGCUAUGAGAGAGAUUUUCUGUGAUACUUACAGAGCUUACUUGCAGAAGUAGAACGUAGAAUUAGACGAGGCCAUGCUCGUUUGGCAUUAUCUCAAAACCAGCAGUCAUCUGGGGCAGCUGGUCCAACAGGCAAAAAUGAAGAAAAAAUUCAGGUUCUAACAGAUAAAAUCGAUGUACUCCUGCAGCAGAUUGAAGAAUUAGGAUCUGAAGGAAAAGUAGAAGAAGCCCAGGGAAUGAUGAAAUUAGUUGAACAGUUAAAAGAAGAGAGAGAAUUACUUAGGUCCACAACUUCGACAAUUGAAAGUUUUGCUGCCCAAGAAAAACAAAUGGAAGUUUGUGAAGUGUGUGGAGCCUUUUUGAUAGUGGGAGAUGCCCAGUCCCGGGUAGAUGACCAUUUGAUGGGAAAACAGCACAUGGGCUAUGCCAAAAUUAAAGCUACUGUAGAAGAAUUAAAAGAAAAAUUAAGAAAAAGAACUGAAGAACCUGAUCGUGAUGAGCGUUUAAAAAAGGAGAAACAAGAACGAGAAGAAAGAGAAAAAGAAAGGGAGAGAGAAAGGGAAGAAAGAGAGAGGAAAAGACGAAGAGAAGAGGAAGAAAGAGAAAAAGAAAGGGCUCGAGACAGAGAAAGAAGAAAGAGGAGUCGAUCAAGGAGUCGGCACUCAAGCCGAACUUCUGACCGAAGAUGCAGCAGGUCUCGGGACCACAAAAGAUCACGAAGUAGAGAAAGAAGGCGAAGCAGAAGCAGAGAUCGACGAAGAAGCAGAAGCCAUGAUAGAUCAGAAAGAAAGCAUAGAUCUCGUAGUCGGGAUCGAAGAAGAUCAAAAAGCCGAGAUCGAAAGACAUAUAAGCACAGGAGCAAAAGUCGGGACAGAGAACAAGAUAGAAAAUCCAAGGAGAAAGAAAAGAGGGGAUCUGAUGAUAAAAAAAGUAGUGUGAAGUCCAGUAGUCGAGAAAAACAGAGUGAAGACACAAACACUGAAUCAAAGGAAGGUGAUACUAAGAAUGAGGUCAAUGGGACCAGUGAAGACAUUAAAUCUGAAGUGCAGCGUAAGUAUGCACAGAUGAAGAUGGAACUAAGCCGAGUAAGAAAACAUACAAAAGCAUCUUCUGAAGGAAAAGACAGUGUAGUCCUGCAAAACAUUUUGAGCGUUGGUGUUGUGAGCGGCCCAUGAAAAGCCAAAUUAAAAAUCAAGGAUUCAGUCAAACUAAGCAGGAAUACUGUUCGAAGAUUCUUGGAAGAAAACUGAAAACGGCAUAAAGUGAAGAUCGACAUUAAAAUGAGGUGAAAGAAAACUAUAGUGGCAUAGAAAAAGUAUAAAGCUCAGUUAGUUUUUUUUGUUUUUUUUUAUUAAAAAUUAAUUCAGGACUGAUGAGACCUACCAGAUUUCAGAACAUGUAUUAAUAGCAUAUAUAUGCCACUGAAAACUUAGGUCCUGUAUCAUAUUUUUUUCUUUAAGACUUUUUAAGAAAUAUUACCUAAAUAUGUGGCUUGCUCAGUGUUUAAUUGCAAGUUUUCAUUCUUGGACUUUGAAAACGAGAUUAAACGUUAGUAUUUGUGUGAAUCAGACUAAGUGGGAUUCCAUUUUUACAACUCUGCUAUACCUAGCCUUUGGAUUUAGAAGUGAAAAUAAAGUAUCUCUGACUUUCUGUUA